AUGUCACAGAAUCCUCAAGUUAAACAAGAAGGUGGCUCAGUCAAUAGUCCUGGGCAAAUACCGAACAACAAUAUACGGCCUGGAGCCCAACAACCAGUUCAAGGUCAAGCUUCUAACCAACCUGGAACACCUCAACAACAACAACAAGCUCAACAACAAGCACAGCAACAAGCCCAAGCACAACAACAAAGAAGAGCAAACCCACAAUUUUCGCCUGCAGAUUUGAAUAGAAUUGUCUUGGAGUAUUUGAAUAAAAAAGGUUAUCAUAAAACUGAAGCUGUUUUACGUGUUGAAAGUUCUCAUACACCAACUCCACCAAUUGCACCACAACCUUCAACAAAUAUAAAUAGAUCUAUCCCUGAUAAGCAAGUUCAAAGUAAUGAAAAAUUUGAUCCAGAGAUUUAUGAACGUGGUUAUUCAAUGUUGAGAACCUGGGUUGAAAGUUCGUUGGAUAUUUAUAGACCUGAACUUUACAGAGUUUUAUAUCCAAUUUUCGUUCAUUGUUUUCUAGAUUUAAUUUACAAGAAUGCCAAAGUUGAAGCUAGAAGAUUUUUCGAUAAGUUUGCAAUUGAUCAUGAAAUUUUACAUGGUACAGAAAUUAAUAAAUUAGCUGGAAUUGGAUCUAUUGAUCAUUUAGAAGAAAAUGAAUUGGCUAAAACAUUUAGAAAAAAUACUUAUGUUUUACAUGUUACUAGAACUUCAUUAAAUUUAUUGUUAUAUUUCCUACAUGAAAAUGAAGCAUUAGGUGGUUCUAUUAUGAUUAGUUUAAUUAAUAGAUAUAUUCAACCAAAAAUCAUUACUGGGAGAGUUGAUACACAAAUUGGUGAAGGAUCUUUAGAUGAUGGUAUCAAAAGUGCAGAAGAGAUUGAGAAGUUCAAUAGUCAACCUGUUAAAUUGGGUAAUUUACCAAUGGACCCUGAAUAUAGUAAAGAAGUUGAAGUGGAAUUGAAAAGAAGAGAUGAUAAAGAAGGUGUAACAGAAGAUACAUUAGUGGAAGAAUUUAGUAAAUUGAAAAAAGAAACUGAAGAUUCACCAGCUAGAGAAACUUUACCAUUACCACAAAGAACAGCAUUAGAUUUGAAAAGAGAAAUAAUAGCAGUUAGGGAAUCAAGAGAUAAGAUCAAAUUAGAUGCAAUUCAAGCAAGUGCACCAAGUGUUUGCAUGUACACAUUCCAUAACACAAAUAAUGAUUUAACCACAUUGGAGUUUAAUGAUGAUUCCACAUUGAUUGCAGGUGGGUUCCAAGAUAGUUAUAUUAAACUAUGGUCAUUAGAUGGAUCGCCAUUAACUUCAAUUUUGAAAAAUGAUGAACACUCAGAUGAAAACACAAGAAAAUUGAUUGGUCAUAGUGGUUCAAUUUAUGGAUUAUCAUUUAGUCCUGAUAAUAGAUAUUUAUUAUCAUCAUCAGAAGAUAAAACAACAAGAUUAUGGUCAUUAGAUACAUAUACUCCAUUAGUUAGUUAUAAAGGUCACAAUCAUCCAAUUUGGGAUGUUAAAUUCUCACCAUUUGGACAUUAUUUUGCCACGGCAUCCCAUGAUCAAACAGCUAGAUUAUGGAGUUGUGAUCAUAUUUAUCCAUUAAGAAUAUUUGCAGGACAUUUGAAUGAUGUUGAUACGGUUGAAUUCCAUCCAAAUUCUACUUAUGUGUUUACAGGUUCAAGUGAUAAGACAUGUAGAAUGUGGGAUAUUUCAAAAGGUAAUACAGUGCGUAUUUUCAAUGGACAUACAGGACCUGUUAAUACAAUGGCUGUAUCACCAGAUGGUAGAUGGUUAGCAAGUGCUGGAGAGGAUUCCAUUAUUAAUAUUUGGGAUAUUGGAUCUGGUAGAAGAUUAAAAUCCAUGAAAGGUCAUGGUAGAAACUCAAUUUAUUCAUUAGCUUUUUCAAAAGAAGGUUCGAUUUUGAUUAGUGGUGGUGCUGAUAAUUCAGUUAGAGUUUGGGAUAUUAAAAGAGGUACUAACGAAGCUGGACCAAUUCCUGAACCGUUCCCAUCACAAACAGAUGAUCCAACAACCUCAAUUAAUGUUAACAGUAAAGAAAAAAUGGAGGAGAUUAGACGUCGUAAAGAAGUUGUUCCAUCUGCAGAUCAUUUAGCUUCAUUUUUCACAAAGAGAACACCUGUUUAUAAAGUACAUUUCACAAGAGGUAAUUUAGUUUUAGCAGCUGGUGCGUUUAACGUAUAA